GGAGGGGACGGGGCGGGGGGGAGAGUAGGGAGGAGGGGGCUGGUCAAGGGAAGUGCGACGUGUCUGUGGAGCCUUUUUUAUACCUCCUUUCCCGCAGUCCGGCAGCAGUCGCUGCCGUCGCUGCCGCCGCCACCGCCCUCGUGCGUCCUAGCGUCUCCGCUCGCAGGAGUCGGGCUCCGAGUUCCAGGGUGCCGAGCACCGUAGCAGCCCUCCAGCAUGGCCGAAGUCAAGAAACAGAAGACGGGGAACCAGCAGAAAUCCACCAAUGUUGUCUAUCAGGCCCACCACGUGAGCAGGAACAAGCGAGGGCAGGUGGUAGGAACCAGGGGCGGAUUCCGAGGGUGCACCGUGUGGCUCACAGGUCUCUCUGGUGCUGGAAAAACAACGAUCAGUUUUGCUCUGGAAGAGUAUCUCGUCUCCCACGCCAUCCCUUGCUACUCCCUCGAUGGGGACAACAUCCGUCACGGCCUCAACAAAAACCUUGGAUUCUCUCCCUGGGACAGAGAGGAAAACAUCCGCCGGAUUGCCGAGGUGGCCAAGCUGUUCGCUGACGCUGGUCUGGUCUGCAUCACCAGCUUCAUUUCUCCUUUCACAAAGGACCGUGAGAAUGCCCGCAAAAUCCAUGAAUCGGCAGGACUGCCAUUCUUUGAGAUAUUUGUAGAUGCGCCUCUAAACAUCUGUGAGAGCAGAGAUGUAAAAGGCCUCUACAAACGGGCCCGAGCUGGGGAGAUCAAAGGCUUUACGGGUAUUGAUUCUGAUUAUGAGAAACCUGAAACUCCCGAGCUUGUGCUUAAAACCAACUUGUCCUCAGUGAGCGACUGUGUGCAGCAGGUGGUGGAGCUUCUGCAAGAGCAGAACAUUGUACCCCAUACUAUAAUCAAAGGCAUCCACGAACUCUUUGUGCCAGAAAACAAACUCGACCAAGUCCGAGCUGAGGCUGAAGCUCUUCCUUCACUAUCGAUUACCAAGCUGGAUCUUCAGUGGGUCCAAGUUUUGAGUGAAGGCUGGGCCACUCCCCUUAAAGGGCAGCACAGCUUGUAUGUUCUGUUCAUGCAUUACCUGGCUCUCUCCACAGACGGAGUGAUCAACAUGAGCAUUCCCAUUGUUCUGCCUGUCUCUGUGGACGACAAGACACGACUGGAAGGGUGCGGCGAGUUUGUCCUGACAUAUGAAGGACGGAGGGUGGCUAUCUUACAAGACCCUGAAUUCUACGAACAUAGAAAAGAGGAGCGUUGUUCCUAUGUGUGGGGCACAAUGUGUGCAAAACACCCCUAUAUCAAAAUGGUGAUGGAAAGUGGGGAUUGGCUGGUUGGUGGUGACCUUCAGGUACUGGAGAGAAUAAGGUGGAAUGAUGGGUUGGACCAAUACCGCCUGACACCUUCGGAGCUCAAACAGAAAUGUAAAGAAAUGAAUGCAGAUGCAGUGUUCGCAUUUCAGUUGCGCAAUCCUGUCCACAAUGGCCAUGCUCUGUUGAUGCAGGACACCCACCGCCGGCUCCUGGAGAGGGGCUACAAGCACCCAGUCCUCCUGCUCCACCCUCUGGGUGGCUGGACCAAGGAUGACGAUGUGCCCCUGGAGUGGCGGAUGAAGCAGCAUGCAGCAGUGCUUGAGGAAGGGGUUUUGGAUCCCAAGUCAACCAUUGUUGCCAUCUUCCCAUCUCCCAUGUUAUAUGCUGGCCCCACAGAGGUUCAGUGGCACUGCAGGUCCCGGAUGAUUGCAGGGGCCAGUUUCUACAUUGUGGGCCGGGACCCUGCAGGAAUGCCCCACCCUGAGACCAAGAAAGACCUGUAUGAACCCACUCACGGGGGCAAGGUUUUGACCAUGGCCCCUGGUCUCACCUCUGUGGAAAUCAUCCCAUUCCGAGUGGCUGCCUACAACAAAGCCAAAAAAGCCAUGGACUUCUAUGAUCCAGAAAGGCACAACGAGUUCGACUUCAUCUCAGGAACUCGUAUGAGGAAGCUGGCCCGGGAAGGAGAAAACCCCCCAGACGGCUUCAUGGCCCCCAAAGCAUGGAAGGUCCUGACAGACUAUUACAGGUCCCUGGAGAAGAACGACUAAGUGGCCUUCAGCCCUAGAGCUGCUUUCCGAAGUGCUCUUUGAUUUCCUUCUCUAUUUUUGUGAUUAGAUGCUUUGUAUCCAAUUACUUCUCAAUGACUGAUUUUAAAGUUAGUGUUUUAUAAUGAGGUAGAAAUGUCUAUAAUUUAAAGUCAACAAUGUAUAUAUACACACAUAUACACGUAUGUAUGUAUGUGUGUGUGUGUAUAUAUAUAUAUAAAGUAAAACUGAAGACCAAACCUUAGCAGGUGGAAGCAAUACUGUUAAUAUUUCAGAAUGAAAUUAGCUGUAUUCUCUACUGCAUCUGAGCAGUAGGUCCAAGGUUUCUUAAAGCUUUGACCAUGUGUCCAGUUUAAGUGCCAAAAAGGCAAAGCGUAUUUUCCAGCUUAAGUCUCGCCGGCCUGUGCUCUCCCAGUGUCAUAUACCAGUAGUAAAAGAAAUCAGAUGGGCAUCCCUUUCUAGACAGCUGACAAAAAGUAGUAAUAAUAUAAUGAUCUCAUUGUAAAUGAGGUGUGGCUCAUGUCAAGAUUCUUGCUAGUCUUUCGCCUCACGCCCAUGUACAGCCUUACUGCCCGAUCUCUUAUGUGCUGAAGUAUAUAACCUGACUGGAGAAACCAAAUAUGUGGAAAUGUACAUUUAAUCUCUGAGAGCUAUGCAGCCGAGUUCUGCCACGAAAGUUGUACUGUCUGGUAAGAAGAGAAGUCUUAAUGUUUUUCUGUGAAUAUUGUAACUCCAGUUAAAUGGCAACUUUUAAUUGGAUAGCAUAGAGAGCUCUGAUGAAAAGAUGUGCGCCCGGGGCUCAAUCUGGCAAUGUUGUGGAAAGGUAACUUUCUCUCCUCUUUGCUGUGGUCACUGUGUCCUGCAGAGAGGCUGUGCCUAUUUACUGCAGCGGCAGCAGCUGUGACCAUAAAUGGUUCACACCAUAAAACCAGCGAGCUGCUGGAACUGGACAAAAAGGCAGAAAUUCCAACCCUUUCAUCUUAGAGGUGACCAAACUAAGACAAUGCACAAGCACAGGUUCAGGAGCUGCCGAGCACCGUAACAGAGCCGCCAGGUCGGCAUCUUAGGGAGGACUGGUGGCACUGAACCAGCGCCCAGCCCACUUGACUCCCAGUCUGGUGCUCUGUCUACACUGUACAACACAGGAGCUGGAGCUGGUUCCCUCAACUGCUUAACAAAACUCUCUGAACAGAGGGCACUUACAAAGCAGCUUUCUUGGAUGCUGGAAGUUCCAGAGUUUUUUAAACCCAGCUGAUUUGACUGUAAUUGGGAAAAACUUUUCCAAAGACUUGCUGUCCUGAGACAUCCAACUUCUGAUGGCUUCGCUUCCUGGGAGGCAAUCUUUUGCACCUUAUGCAUAAUUCCUUGUUACCGAGGAAUAUAUGAAGAGACAGUACCUUUUGUACAUAGGUCUCUCUGGAAGGGACUUCUUAGACUGGAAAGAGAAAACUGUGAUUUUUUUUUUCAUUUUCAUUUAAAAAAAUGCUAACCCUAGCUAAUGAAAGUUCUUUUGAGAAUAAAUUACUUACAGUGGCCACAGCAAAGUAUAACUGUCUUUAAUAGUGUAGUGCCUAUAUUCAUUUAAUCAGAUGUCCUCACUACUGCCUUUUUUAAAAAGCAGCAUAUUUAUUGAAAACAGGAGACAAGAUGUAGUGCCUUAGCCAUGUAUUUUGUGAUUUUUAAAAAUAUAUUUAAAACUGCUCUUCUGCUCUAAUACCACACUUAGUGCAAAUGAUUAAUUCUAUUGUACAACUGAUUCUUGUUCCUAUUUUAAUAAAUUUCUCAAAAUGAAG